UUUUGAGGUUAAUUUGAUGAAACAAGAAAAUGAAUCAUCUCAGAAAUUGAUUGGUAAUGAAAUGAGAAGGGACUGAAUAUUUUUGCAGGGAUUGAAACCCCCGAUUUUCUUGGGGGAGAAAGAAGGAAAGUAGUGAUAGCAUUCCAUAUAUAAAACAAAUUUAAAAAUAUAUGCAUAAAAUUUGAUAAAAGUGGUGGUGGUGAGAGAAGGAAUUUUAAUGUGAAAUGUUGGCAUUGGUGGAGGGAAAGAGGAGGAGCAGCUGAUGAUGGAGCAAGAAUUAGAUUCAAAGCUUAGGAUAGAGAACACUUUACCAAAUCCUCAAAGAUCUAAGAGCUUUGCAUUCAGAGCACCUCAGGAAAAUUUCACAAUCCAAGAUUUUGAAUUGGGAAAGAUCUAUGGAGUUGGUUCUUAUUCAAAGGUUGUCAGAGCAAAAAAGAAAGACACGGGGAAUGUUUAUGCCUUGAAGAUCAUGGACAAAAAGUUCAUCACUAAAGAAAAUAAGACUGCCUAUGUGAAAUUAGAAAGAAUUGUACUUGAUCAGCUGGAUCAUCCUGGUAUUGUGCGACUAUUUUUCACCUUCCAAGACACUUUUUCACUAUACAUGGCACUAGAGUCCUGUGAAGGUGGCGAGCUUUUUGAUCAAAUUACCAGGAAAGGUCGUUUGUCUGAGGAUGAAGCACGUUUUUAUGCAGCUGAAGUGGCAGAUUCUCUUGAAUAUAUACACAGUAUGGGAUUGAUUCAUCGAGAUAUUAAGCCAGAGAACCUGCUACUCACUUCAGAUGGACGUAUUAAAAUCGCGGACUUUGGCAGUGUAAAACCCAUGCAGGAUAGCAGAAUAACAGUACUUCCAAAUGCAGCAUCAGAUGACAAGGCAUGCACUUUUGUGGGGACAGCUGCAUAUGUCCCUCCUGAAGUUUUAAAUUCUUCUCCUGCAACUUUUGGAAAUGAUCUCUGGGCACUUGGCUGCACCUUAUAUCAAAUGCUUUCAGGAUUUUCUCCUUUUAAAGAUACCAGUGAAUGGCUCAUUUUUCAAAGAAUCAUUGCCAGAGAUAUCAGGUUCCCAAAUCAUUUUUCAAAUGAAGCCAGAGAUCUCAUUGAUCAGUUGCUCGAUAUUGAUCCUAGCCGAAGACCAGGUGCUGGACCUGAUGGUUAUGCUUCACUGAAAAACCAUCCUUUCUUUAGCGGGGUUGAUUGGGAUAAUUUAAGGUUACAAACUCCUCCACGGCUUGCUGCAGAGCCAAAAGGGCACUCUACUCGUAGCAGUGGUGAAGAUCAAGAUCCUUCAUGGAAUCCCUCACAUAUUGGGGAUGGUUCAGCUAGAACUAAUGAUGGAAAUGGUGGUACAACAUCCUCUUCUGAAGUUGGUAGCGUUACCAGGCUUGCUUCAAUCGACUCAUUUGAUUCAAAAUGGAAGCAGUUUUUGGAGCCUGGUGAAUCUGUUCUUAUGAUUUCCAAUGUGAAAAAGAUACAGAAGCUUACAAGCAAGAAAGUUCAGCUUAUCCUGACAAAUAAGCCAAAGUUGAUCUACGUAGACCCCUCAAAGUUGGUGGUCAAAGGGAAUAUUAUAUGGUCGGACAAUUCUAACGAUCUUAAUAUUCAAGUCAUAAGCCCUUCACAGUUCAAGGUUUGCACACCAAAGAAAGUUAUGUCUUUCGAGGAUGCUAAACAACGAGCAAUGCAGUGGAAAAAGGCAAUUGAAACUCUCCAGAACCGGUGAUAUCUAUUUAUCUGCAUUUCGACCAUACCUCUUUUAAAAUGAAAUGAAAUUGUAGAG